AUGACAGGUUGGAAACUCAGUUUUGAAAGACUUUCAAAAUACAAAUAUGUUGCUUAUAUUAUAUAUUCCAAAAAAAUAGUAUGCAUAUGUGAUAAAAAAAUAAAGCUUUAUAAAAAAUGGAAGAAGAAUUAUCUUAACCAUUAUGUUCAAUUCUUUGGAUAUAAAGCAAAUGAAGGGCAAAAAACAAUUUAUAAUUGGUUUCAACUAGUAUUACAAAAAGAGUAUUUUAAAGAAGAAUAUGUUGAGGAAGAAUAUGCUAAAAAAGAUGAGUAUGACUCUGAUAUUUAUGAUAAUAUGGAAGAUAAUGACUUAAUACAAGUUGCUGAAAUAAAAAAAGAUUCAAACCAAGAAUUUCAAGCUAUUAGUAUUAAAGAAAGAUUAGAUCAUAUAAAAGAUACCAAAAAAUAG